AUGAAAGAGAUUUCAAUUUUUCAUGCCCAAAUUUGUUAUUCCUUAGCAAUUAAUUAGAAUAAUACUUUGAUAUUAGCAGUAGCUGAAUCCGCUAUCAAAGUGUAUACUGUUAGUUCAAGCAAAAUAAAAUAUGUGCAAUUACUAAAAUCUCAUACUUUCGAAGUGUAAACUCUCAAUUUUUUCCCAAAUAAAAUGGAAUUCUUCUUAUCUGGAUCUGUUGAUUCAAAUCUAGUUAUAUGGUCAAAAAACCUUAUGGCACAACCAAAAAUAAUUUAGAAAUUAAAUGGCCAUACUUCAACAGUCUAUACUGUAGUUAUAUAUUGCGAACUUAAAAAUUUGAUUGUUUCAGGGGGGGAUGAUUCUACGAUUAAAUUUUGGACAACAAAAUAAUUAGAUCUAUUUUAAUGGUUUUGUUUUUAAGCAAUUUUUGAAGAUGCUACUUAAGUACUCGCUCUGUCAAUAGAUAAAGAGGGAUAAUAGGUAGUUUCUUGUACUCUUAACUAUUAAAUCUUUGUAAUUGAACAAGAAUAACAUUCCAUUUUUUGGUAUGUGAAGUAAAAAAUAGAUUUAGAAUGGUAUGGCUGUAAGUAUUUGUUUCAUAAGUGA